UCCGGAAAGUCUCGCAUUUCCGCGACCAAAUCCGAUCACCGCCUGCCAACAUGCACAUCGUUUGCGCUGAGGAUCCACUCUCAGUACUUCAUUUCAGUCCCGGUUUACACAGACACCUCUCUCUGAGAUUGAUGAUCACCACCACGCGUCACGAGUGGAUAAGAGGAGAAACGCCUGGACUGAAUCAGAUCAAGUGAAUCCUGCAAUCAACUCAGGACUACGUGAGAAAUGAAGACAAAUGAUCAUGUAAGGAUUUCAAGUGACAAUGGAUGGACACUUUUUCAGAACGAUCCUCUAAUCCAUGCUGUUUGUUGCGAAAAAUCUUCACUUUGACGCUUGUUUCUCUUGCCACUAUGUCACUACCAGACUGCAAAUACAGAAGCAAUAUCCAAACAGACAACACUCACAGUCUCCACAGCUUACCCAUGGAUGGGAGCUAUGAGAAGAGAUCCAUCAUGACAUUAUUUGACUUCAAGAACCUAAACUUGCCUGAAAAUCUAGAGGUCAAGUGGGUUCACUUGUUUUCACAAACCAACCUGCGAGGUAUCUCAAGAGUCAGAGUAGUUAGUUUCCUGCUCUGUUUGACUCUCACGUUCCUCAUCGUGGUGUCCUAUAGCCUAACGUGGGACAGAAAAGGACUUUUGUUAACGCCCUCACCCUAUCAGCUCAGACCUGUGGUCAGUCCAACAAUAACAACAACAACCACCGCUGACGUUUCCUCUGAGAAGAAUUUAUUAGACAUGAAACUACUGGUGAAGACCAUCAGCUCAAAACUGGAAUACCCACCCAGGAAGGUACCUGAUGAGGAGGACGUUAUCCGAACUGACCCCAAUUUGUUUUCUGUAAUUCCUCACCAGUUCCUACCUGGGAUUAAAAGCCCCUGCUGGUAUCAGGACGUCUCCAGUAGACUCAGCACUGACCCAUACCGGGGAAACCUCUUCACUCUGCGCUCAGACAACUUCAAGAAUGUGUGUGAUUACCUAAGGACCAAUUUCCACCAGCACUUAUAUCACAGAGAUGGGAAACAGUAUCGAUUGCGUUGCCUGCCUUACUUCUACAUCAUCGGCCAACCAAAAUGUGGCACCACAGACUUAUUUCACAGGCUGCUGCUGCAUCCUGAGGUCAAGUUCAACACGAUGAAGGAGCCACACUGGUGGACCAGGAAACGGUUUGGUUAUAUUCGUUUCAAAGAUGGCUUCCAGAAAAGUUUCCCUGUGGAAGACUACCUGGAUCUGUUUGACUUGGCAGCCCACAAAAUCCAAGAAGGAAUCAGUGGAAACUCAUCUGGACACCACCGCGGCACAUUACAGGUCAUAACAGGUGAAGCCAGUGCAUCCACUAUGUGGGAUAACCAAGCCUGGAGCUAUCUCCAUGACGACAAAGAGGAGACGGAUCCCCCGUUUCUGACUCAGGACUUUAUUCACAAAGUCCAGCCCGAUGCCAAAAUCAUCAUCAUGCUUCGAGAUCCGGUUGAAAGACUAUACUCUGACUACCUGUAUUUUAAGAUGGCCAACAAAUCUGCAGAGGACUUCCAUCAGAAGGUCAUUGAGUCUGUGCAGCUGUUUAAGUCCUGCCUCUCUGCCAGGUCUCUCCGUUCCUGUGUCUACAACACCAGCCUGUCCAACUCCAUGCCGGUUCGACUAAACCUGGGGAUGUACAUUGUCUUCUUAUUGGACUGGUUGACAGUUUUCCAAAGGGAUCAGAUCUUAGCUCUCCGAUUGGAGGACUACGCAGCCAACCUUACAGUCACAAUCCAGAGGGUUUUUGAUUUUCUAAGUGUGGGUCCAGUGUCAAAGCAGGUUGAGGCAGCCCUGACCAAACGGCCCAUGUCUAACACCCGACGAGUCGCAGACAGGAGCCUGGGUCCCAUGCUUCCAGCAACCAGAGACCUGCUCAGGGAAUUUCACCAGCCCUUCAACCGCAAACUGGCCAGUGUAUUGAACAACAAGGCCUUUCUCUGGAGAAACGCCUGAAAAGACAUAAACAUUAAAACUCAAAUGAGGGUGAAUGAACUAUGAGUAGCCAAAAGCUACUGUGGAUAAAAAUGAUGUUGCGGCUUGAUUGUAAAUAGUUUAAUGAAGCUUCAAAUGAGUUUUGAGGUUUUGGAGAUAUUUAUUUGCUCAUAAAGGACAUAAAUAUGAGUUAUCAUUAUUCACACAUUUAAAGAAUUUGGGUUUGAAGAUGCUUUAUAAUUGUUUCUGCUGCUGAAUUGCUGAAUUAAAAAAAUGCCAAAAUGCACUGUUAAAGUGAGUACAGAUUUGAUUCCUGGA